GCGGAGCAGUGCCACGGCUCCGGUGCAGUCGCUCAGGCCCGCACAUGUGUUAACCUGUGCAGCCCAGACUGCAGCGCCACGUCACCGCCAGGCGGCCCCAGCUCGCACCUGCCGCACCUGCAGCCGGCCAUUGCAGGACCCGCCUCUGCAGCGGCGCCGGCUCCAGCAUACGGGCUGCCCAGCCUGCAGCACGGGCUGCCCAGCCUGCCGCAUUCCGGCAGCGAGGCCGCCGCGCAAGUCGGGGUGGCAGCGGACUGCCUUGGGGAAUACUCCCAUCUGCUGUUUGACGGCGGAGCGGACGCCGAUGAUGACGCGGGGGCCGACCCCCCGGUGCGCUGUGCGUCAGACUGUGGCGAGGUGGGCCUUUGGAUCGCGGCGGCGCAGCUGGGGGACAUGGCGCCCCACGUGCCCGAUAAUGGCGCGGACGAGCAUGGGGCCCUCGUCGCUGCAGAGAUGCAUGUCCAGCCACCGGCGGGCACAGCGGAGCAGUGGGAUCAUCCAUGUUUGGAGCAGCUGCACGCGGCGCAAGGGCAUGGUGAGGGUGACGAGCAUUGGCAGUGGGAGCAGCAAAACCAGCAGGGCGACCCACCGCCCUACCAGGCGUGGUCGGACCAUUACCCGCAGCAACCGCAGCAGCAGGAGCAGCAGCAGCAGCAGCAACUAGCUGGACAGCAGGAGUUGGCGGCCUCUUCAGACGCCGCCUUCAUUCAGCAGGGCGACUACAUGCAUUGCGCACCGGCUUCGUCCCUGGGCGGCUAUGCCUAUGGCCAGGAGCAGCUGCAGCAGACCCAGCACCAACACCACCAGCACCAGCACGAACACCAGGCGGCGCUGCCCGACCUCACCGAAUACGCAGCCACGUACUCGGCCGCCCCGGCCCCAUCCGCGGGCAGCCCUGGAGGAGGAGCAUCAGCCGCGGCCCCCGGCACUGGCCAUGACCCCGUGAUUGCCGCGGGGGCGCGCACGAUGGCGGAGCAGCUGGUGCAGCUUGCUCGGGCCCAGCCGGAGCUUCUGCUGGGCGUGAUGGGGGGCAUCCUGGACAACAGCAGCGUUGCAGGCGGCGCCAGUGCUGGAGCGUGCACGGGGGUGUCGACAGCGCAGCAGGGAGGUGGAGGCUCAGGCGGCGACAGUGCAGCCAUUUGGGAGGCUCAAACUUCGGCGGCGUACGGGCAGCAGAGCAGCCAUACGUAUUCUGCAGGGCCAAGUGGCAUGCACGGAGCUCAGCCGCAGCAGCCAAACCAGCAGCAGCAACUCCAGCAUCAGCAGUACCAGCAGCAACAGCAGCAGCAGCAGCAGCAGCAGCAGCAGCAGCAGCAGGGCAUGGGGCUGCCGCCAUAUGCAGUGAUUCAGCAGCUGCCGCCCCGCGCCUCGCGCAGGCGUGCCGCUGGCCUGGCCAAGCGACGCCGCCUGGAAGCGCCACCGCCCGCGCCCCGGGCCACCUCAGGCUGUGACGGCAGCGGUGGCGCCGCCGAGGCCGUCCCCAUGCAGGUGAUGAGCGCGCUCCUCCAACUGGUGGCGACGGCUGUGCAGGCACGGCAGCAACAGAGUGGGGUUCAAGGUGGCCUCUGA